CCGCCUCCAGCGCCCUCCCCGCGGAGGUCCCCCCCCCAUCCCGCCUCCCUGCGUCCUCCGGGCCGCACCGCCCGGGCCGGCGCCGAGCGCGGGGAAGCUGGCGGGUUAGGGCGCCCCGCUCCUCUGCUAUUCCCUCCCCCGUCCCGGCUCCGCGAGGCCGCAGGUCGCCGCCCGCGAGAUGAUGCAGGACGUGUCCAGCUCGCCAGUCUCGCCGGCCGACGACAGCCUGAGCAACAGCGAGGAGGAGCCGGACCGGCAGCAGCCGGCGAGCGGCAAGCGGGGGGCUCGCAAGAGACGCAGCAGUCGGCGCAGCGCGGGCGGCAGCGCGGGGCCCGGCGGGGCCACGGGCGGGGGCAUCGGAGGCGGCGACGAGCCGGGCAGCCCGGCCCAGGGCAAGCGCGGCAAGAAAUCUGCGGGCGGAGGCGGCGGCGCGGGCGGAGGCGGCGGCGGCGGCGGCAGCAGCAGCGGGGGCGGGAGCCCGCAGUCGUACGAGGAGCUGCAGACACAGCGGGUCAUGGCCAACGUGCGGGAGCGCCAGCGCACCCAGUCGCUGAACGAGGCAUUUGCCGCCCUGCGCAAGAUCAUCCCCACGCUGCCCUCGGACAAGCUGAGCAAGAUUCAGACCCUCAAACUGGCGGCCAGGUACAUCGACUUCCUGUACCAGGUCCUGCAGAGCGACGAGCUGGACUCCAAGAUGGCAAGCUGCAGCUAUGUGGCCCACGAGCGGCUCAGCUACGCCUUCUCCGUCUGGAGGAUGGAGGGGGCCUGGUCCAUGUCCGCGUCCCACUAGCAGGCGGAGCUCCCCACCCCCUCGGCAGGCCGGAGACCUAGAUGUCAUUGUUUCCAGAGAAGGAGAACAUGGACAGUCUAGAGACUCUGGAGCUGGAUAACUAAAAAUAAAUCUAUAUGACAAAGAUUUUCUUGGAAAUUAGAAGAGCAGAGACCAAAUUUCACAAGAAUCAGGGCGUGGGGCACACUUUUAAAAGAGAAAGCGAGACAGGCCGGUGGACAGAGAUUCCCAGAGGCAACGGCAUCACCCUCACACCUCUGCAUUCUGAUAGAAGUCUGAACACUCGUUUGUGUGUCCCCCCCUUUUGACGAAGAAUGUUUUAUUUUUAUUUUUCAUGCAUGCAUUCUCAAGAGGUCUUGCCAAUCAGUCACUGAUAGGAAAGACAUCCUUGUGGACUUUCUCCAUUUUAAAAUGGUAACAAUCAGAGGAAUUUUAACAACGCCUUUAGAAAUAAAAACGCUGGGAUCAAACUGGCCUGCAAAAUCAUAAGUCAGUGAAUUCCUUAAAAAGCAUACUUCCUCUGAAGGAAAAGAAAAACACAGAAUACAAAAGACAACAUUCUAUUUAUUUAUUGAUGACCCAUGGUAAAAUGCAAAUAGAUCCGGUGUCUAAAUGCAUUCAUAUUUUUAUGACUGUUUUGUAAAUAUCUUUUGUAUAUUAUUUUUCUGCAAUAAAUAAAUAUGAUUGAAAAAUUUUAAGAACUUUAAA